AUGGAAACCCCUGAGAAGCAAAAGAAAGGAGUCAGGUAUGUGUACAAGUUAGGGUCCGGAAGCCCAAUGCUGGAAUCUGACCCACUGACCACAAUAAAGAAGGCUGCAUCACGUAGUUGGGUACUCAGGAAAUCGAAAACCUAUCGGGAAACCGACCCCGGUGGCCGGAAAACGGUGGAGGAUGGAGGACAUAAGGUGAUGGAGGCAAGAAAAUCAGUGUGCAGUGAGGCCAGAAAAUCAGUGUCACACGUGGAGAUGAAUGCGGCGUCGGUGGCUUCAUUUCUUCAGGUGAAGGUUUUGGUUUCAGACAUGCCGGCGUUCAUGCAGGUCCAUGCUUUCCGGUGUGCAAGGAGGACUUAUGAUAGUUUGGAGAAAUUCAGUUCUAAGCACAUGGCUUAUAACAUGAAGAAGGAAUUUGAUAAAGUGUAUGGACCGGCCUGGCAUUGUAUUGUGGGCUCUAGCUUUGGAUCAUUUGUGACCCAUUCAACAGGGUGCUUCCUCUAUUUCUCAAUGGAGAAGUUGUACAUUUUAGUGUUCAAGACAAAAGUUCAAAGAGCUAUGGAAUGA